UCAAAUUGCACUUGAAAGCGGAAAUCACGCGCGAAACUUUCUUGCCAUCGGCGCCGCUGUCAUCGCGCCGGAAGCAAAAGUAGACAACGAAACUCCUUCCCGUUUGACAGCUCUUUUCCAUCACAAGUAUGGCUCCGAAGAAACCGUCUGAAAAGUCCGCGGGCCAACCGGCCGAAAAGAAAGAGAAGAAGCCAGCAGCCGCCGCUGCAGCUUCAGGCUCUGGCGAGAAGAAGGCCGCUCCUGCCAAGAAGCCGGCCCCGGAGAAGAAGCCAGCUGCUGCCGAGAAGAAGCCCGCUGCUGCUGAGAAGAAGCCUGCGGCCGCUGAAAAGAAGCCAGCUGAGAAGAAGUCCGCCGAAAAGCGUGCCGCUCCAGCUGAUUCUGCCAAGGCCCCGGCCGAGAAGAAGAAGGCCACCGAAUCCAAGAAGACUCCGGCUGCUGCCCCCAAGGCCGCUGCUGGUGCCUCCGCCGAUGCCGGUAAGAAGAAGAAGGAUGCCGCAGGCAAGAAGAAGCCAGCGGCCGCUGCCGCCACCGCAGCCAAGAAGCCCACGGCAGCCACUGGUGCGGCCGCCAAGAAGGCAGCCGAUGCCGCGGCCAAGGCCAAGAAGACCGCCGCCGGUGACAAGAAGGCCGCCGCCAAGAAGCCCGCCACGAAGAAGGCAGGCGCCAAGAAGGGACCGGCCACCACCAUCAAGAAGAAGAAGGUCGGAACGGUCACCAAGAAGGGUGCCGCCGCUGGUAAGGGAGCUGCUGCUAAGAAGCCAGUCGCUAAGAAACCAGUGGCUGCCAAGGGCGACAAGAAGGCCACCGAGGCCAAGCUGCAGAAGGGGGCCGCUAAGGCUCGCGCCGCCGCUCUGCUGAGGGCCAAGAGGACCAAGACUAAGGUCGUCAAGGGUCCAUUCGGAACUGCCCUGCGCAAGAUCCGUACCACUGUGAAGUUCCGUCGGCCGCGUACCCUGCGUCUGCCCCGUAACCCCAAGUUCCCCAGGAAGUCGGUGCCGACCCGCAGCCGCAUGGACGCGUACAACAUCAUCAAGUACCCGCUGACGACGGAAGCGGCGAUGAAGAAGAUCGAGGACAACAACACCCUGGUGUUCCUGAUCCACCUGCGCGCCAACAAGAACCACGUCAAGGCCGCGGUCAAGAAGCUGUACGACAUCAAGGUCUCCAAGAUCAACACCCUGGUGCGACCGGACGGCAAGAAGAAGGCCUACGUGCGGCUAGCCCGCGAUUACGACGCGCUGGACAUUGCCAACAAGAUCGGUAUCAUCUAAGAAGCCAACAGCGACGUGUGUUGUGCGUAUUUCCUUUAUUCUUUUAUGCUUGAAUUAAAGAAAAAGUCGGAUAAGUUACAUAUGAACUGUGAGAGCAGCCCUGUGUGGUAGGAAUUUACUGUGGAAAGAAUAUAUUCUCAAUCCAAAAACCA